AUGUGCUUCCCAGAGUCAUACCAGAGUCGCAAGACUCAAGCUCUCUGGGAGCUCAUGGAACGUUGGCAAACCAUCCAUCCUGGGAUCCAGGAACAUACACCACCAGACCCGGCAGCAACGGUGUCCGGUCCUGGUGCCUCGUUCUCUAAUCUGAGAAAUGAUGCUAUCCCACCUUCAGAGAUUGGAGUGUUCUUGCUGGAAACUUACUUUGGUCGCAUUUUCAAUGCGAGCUUCUUAUUCCACCAACCAUCUUUCACUAACGACUACAGACGAGGUAACGUUAAGGAGCACGUUUAUCUCAGCAUCUUUGCAGUCGCUUCUCUGUGA